UAAUCAAGAAAAUCCUACUGAAAGCACAUCGCACAUCGUGAACACUCAUCCUCACCCUACCCUCAACUACCUCAUCGUCCUACUCCACCACGAACACUCACCCAACCACCACCUCAAUCAACCAAAAUGUCCACAAUCCGCUUCCCCCACCGCUUCCUCCCCGGCACGACCGAAAACUUCGUAUCCAACGAGAUCUACGUCCCCAAGUUAACCGCCUCCCGGGUAUGGCCGAACCUGAUAACCCCAUCCCGCUGGACAUCCUACUACAGCAACGUGGACCAAGUGACACCGCCCCCAACCAACGAUGGAACGUUCCAAAACCCCGGCGACAAGUUCAGUUUCGCGACAUUCGGAUUCCCGCCUCUCCAAGCGGAGAUCUGCGAAUGCGAGGCGCCCACGGCAACCUCACCGGGCCGGCUAGCCUGGCGCGCAUGGCAGGAAGGAGACGAGGAGACGGCGCUGGAGGUGUAUCAUGCGUGGAUUGUGGAGGAUAUGGAGUGGGGAGUGGUGAGGAUUCUAACGCAGGAGGUGCAGGCGGGAAAGCCGGCUGCUGGGUUGGCGGAGAAGAAGCCGAAUCCGAUGCUUUUGGGACAUCAGGAGUGGGUGGAUGGGUUGGCGAGGUUUAGUCUUGAAAAUUGAUUUAUUGAGAAGGGGCGGGUUAUGGGUGUUGUUAUCCCUGUACAUAGUGUGGAGGUUCAAUAGGGAUGGUUUCGUGGUUCUUUGCAUUCUUUAGUACUGGUCGCAGACAUGGUUGGAUCAUGAAUGAAGGG